AUGGUUGGCACAGCCUGGGCUCUAGCGCUGGCGCUGAUGCUCCUGGCCCCGGGGGAAGCUCAGGAGUGUUCUCCGGGGGGACACCAGAUUCUUCAGAGCCCUUACAGAAGUGUCCAUUUUGACACAGUGCACCGCCAGCAGUCAGCUGUUCAAAAGCUUAUAUGUGACCAUUCCCUCUCCCCUGGAUGGUAUCGUUUUCUCAUCUUUGACAGACCUGCUGAGAUGCCAACCAAAUGUGUCGAGCCGAACCACUGUGGAACACAGAUGCCCAUCUGGUUGUCUCUGAGAGAUUCAGAAACACUGCCUCCUCCUGGGGAGAUGAAGCAACUGACUGCUUGUGCCACAUGGCAGUUUUUGUUUAGCACUACGAAAGACUGUUGCCUUUUUCAAAUCCCCGUGUCUGUAAGAAACUGUGGAAAAUUUUUCGUGUAUUUACUGCAGCCCACUCAAGGAUGUAUGGGAUAUUGUGCAGAAGCUAUUUCUGAUUCAAAGUUACAACAGUGUGGCCCUGAUGAAAUUGAAAUCGGAGGUGACUGUGUUCGUCAACUGCCUGCCUCAUUCCCACCACCACCUCCAGGAAGGCCAGAGAUACUGGUGGAAUUGAUUGAGUUCAGGCUUUUCUGUAGGUGUGCCUUUGAUGUUUCUCCUACAAACAACUCUGUGGGAUUUCUCACAACCUGGUCUAGACUUUCUUCUCAAGAAUUCAAAGAGGAGCUGAAACAAGAGACCACAGUUCAGGCAUUCUCUCUUUUAGAACUUGACGGUAUAAAUCUCAGACUUGGAGACAGGAUAUUCUGUAGUGCUUCCAUCUUUUUCUUGGAGAAACCACAUGUACAAAGUUUAGCCAUUGAAAGCCAAGAGUUUUUUGCGGGAAUUAAGUUGCAACCUGAACUGAGCACUAUAUCAGAAGAUGGGAAAGAGUACCAGUUGAGGAUAGAGAGCACAGUUCCUAUCGUUUGUUCUGAAUUCAGUGAGCUUGAUCAGGAAUGCAAAAUCUCAUUAAAACUAAAAACUGUUGAUCAAGGUGAAGAACAGCUAGGCUUAAAUUUGGCCCUUUCUUCCUGUCAUGUGGACCUUCAUCAGACAUCAUCCUGUGAAAAUGGAACCUGUAGCCAUGCUUUUGUGUACUACACUGCUGUAACAGACUUUUCUCGAGAUGGAAAUCGAGUUACAAACAUUUUGGUGGAGCCUAUAGUCAGUGAGGAUUUCCUGUGGAACAGCUACAGUCCAGGUGGACAAAUUAUAAAAACAGUAAAAGAUGUCCCAACUGCUUACUGCUAUUCAUUUACUGACCCUCAUAUAAUUACAUUUGAUGACAGCCCCAAUGACAAAGCUCCUGAAAUUACAGAGCUUGAGAAUGCUGGAUUUUGUGAUGUUCGAAAAUAUAAUUAUAUGAUGGUGAGAGUUUUUGGUCUAGGUUUCAAGGAAUCAUCUUCAAUUAAAUGUGAAGUUACUAAACUGCAGUAUAACAGCAGUGCAUGGGUCCUUGGAGAACCCAUCUAUGUUCGCGCUGUUUUUCAAAAUAGCAGAAUUGUUGAUUGCCAGCUGCCCACUGGUGUCCAGCAGUCUGAUACCAUGGAUCUGAUGGGUGAGCAACCAAUUGUGAAGUGGCAAGUGAAGGUAUCUAAUGAUGGUUAUAGAUUCAGUGAUCCCAAAAUAAUUAUCAUAUAUGAUGGUGCUUGUCAAGUUUGUGGUCUCUAUGAAAAUGACUCAUGCACUCUAAAGGAAAAAGUUUGCUUUAUCGAUGGACUCUGCUAUGUUGAAGGGGAUAAAAAUCCCACCAGCCCUUGUUUGAUAUGUAGACCUAACAUUUCAAAAUUCACUUGGUCAUUUUCAGAAAGUAACCAGCCCCCAGCACUUCAAGCACUACAAGACAAGUUGCAGGCAUUUUAUGGGGAAAACUUUGUGUACCAGUUCAUGGCCUUCCAGCCAGAAGGUUCUGGCAUUCAUUUUGCCUUAGACUCUGGUCCUGAAGGAGCAAGUGUUUCCCCCACAGGACUGCUUAUGUGGAAAACAGUCACUACCCCCCAGCGAUUCACUCUACACCUUAGUGAUGACUGUAAUGCUGAAACCAGAGUCACAAUAGAGGUGACCGUGAAGUCUUGUGAUUGCUUGAAUGGUGGCUCAUGUGUGUCUGAUACUAGCUUUCCUCCAGGAAGUGGGGCAUACUUGUGUGUCUGCUUGCCUGGCUUUCAGGGUGAUCUUUGUGAAGAAGACAUCAGUGAGUGCCGAUCUAGCCCCUGUGGCCGUGGCUGAUGUAUUAGUGGUUUUCCCAGUUAUUCCUGUCAUUGUCCGUCUGAGCUCAAAGGUAAGUUUUGGUUCCUUAUGAACCAAAUUAGAAUUUCAGAUGUAGAAAUACAUUUAAGUGCCAAAAUUGCCAGGAAGAUGUUGAUGAGUGUGAAUCCAGUCCUUGCUUUCCAGGAGUGGAGUGCCUCAAUACCUUUGGCUCUUAUCAUUGUGGUUCAUGUCCAAAAGGACUUUAUGGUGAUGGAAAAAUAUGUCGUGGUAAAAGCCUCUGUUUUCUUCCCCAUUUGUAGACACCCAUGUGGAAAAAGCAGGGAGUGUGUUGCCCCAAAUAUAUGCAAAUGUAAACCUGGUUACACCGGUUCUAACUGCCAGACUGCUGUAUGUCACCCUGAAUGUAAAAACUAUGGAAAAUGUAUUAAGCCUAACAUUUGUGAAUGUCCUCCAGGACAUGGUGGAGCAACCUGUGAUGAAGAACACUGUAACCCGCCUUGUCGACAUGGUGGCAUGUGCUUGGCUGGCAAUCAUUGCACUUGUCCUUACGGUUUUGUAGGACCAAGGUGUGAAACAAUGGUUUGUAACCGGCACUGAGAAAACGGAUGUGAAUGUGUUACACCAGAUGUUUGCCAGUGCAAGCCUGGCUGGUAUGGACUCACCUGUAGUGCAGCUUUGUGUGACCCCGUUUGCCUCAAUGGUGGUUCCUGUAAUAAGCCAAACAUUUGCCUCUGUCCAAAUGGAUUCUUUGGUGCACAGUGUCAGAAUGCUAUCUGUCCCCCCUGUAAGAAUGGUGGCCACUGCAUGAGACAUAAUGUGUGUUCCUGUCUUGAAGGAUAUGCUGGCAGGAGAUGCCAAAAAAGCAUCUGUGAUCCUAUGUGCAUGAAUGGAGGAAAAUGUGCGGGACCAAACGUCUGCUCUUGUCCUUCUGGUUGGAAAGGGAAACGAUGCAACACACCUAUCUGCUUUCAGAAAUGUAAAAAUGGCGGUGAAUGUAUUGCUCCAAGCAUGUGCCAUUGUCCAGCUACCUGGGAAGGAAUGCAGUGCCAGGUAUCAGUUUGCAAUACAGAGUGUCUUUAUGGAGGUAGAUAUGUAUUUCCCGAUGUGUGUUCUUGCCGCACUGGAUAUUCUGGAGUCAGAUGUGAAAAGAAAAUUCAGGUAUUUUAAAUGAGUAGUAGCUUGGCAUCUGCAUGUCUGUCCAGAUAUUCUAUUUGUGUCUGUUACUGUUUUAUUUUCUUUUAUUUCCAAAGGAAAAAAAACAUAUAAGGGUGACUAUUUGUCUCUAAAACAAAAAAGUAAUAUCAUUUUAAUGUCAUUAUAGGCUUUUCCAUACAAAAUUCUAAUGUGCAUUUGAGAAAUUUCAAUGUGUAGGUAAAACUGUCAAAUGUAAUGCAGUAUUUCAUGGCACUGGAGUGGAAAGAGCAUAUAUUCCCCGAUUUGUAUUUAAGACACCACUAUUUAUACUUUGUAUUUAAGGCACCACUAUUUAUACUCUGGUCAAAUACUAGAUCAAGAGAAGCCUUCGCCGUCUUAAAAAAUGAAAUCUAUCACUCUUAAAUCAGUGAAUCACUAUGUCAUUGACUUGAGGUAGCCCUAAAUAGUUUUUAGUGGGGAAUGUUUCUCUGAUCA